AUGAUAAAGAUAAAGAUAGCAUUACCAAUAGAAAGAUGUCCGCAAUUCCGUGACCAGCCUCCAGGAUCAACCGCGACUUACAAUGGAAAGUGUUACAUAUUUUACAACCGCCAGCCGAUGCAAUUCCGGGAAGCUCUGUCAUUCUGUCGAGCCCGAGGAGGAACUUUAGUCGACGAGAGCAAUCCAGCCCUCCAGGGCUUUAUAUCGUGGGAAUUAUGGCGUCGUCAUCGCAGCGAUACCUCAAGCCAGUACUGGAUGGGCGCAGUGCGCGAUUCCAAGGACAAAAGUGUCUGGAGAUGGACAGGAAGCGGCGAUGAAGUCGCUGUUUCCUUCUGGAGUCUCCCUCAAGGCUCUCAGGAAGAUUGCGCGCGUUAUGAUGGAAGCAGAGGCUGGCUCUGGUCAGACACUCCCUGUACUGCAAGGCUCAAUUACAUCUGCCAGCACCAACCGCGGGCUUGUGGUAGACCCGAACAACCGCCAAACUCAACAAUGAUAAUCACUAAUCAAAGUGACGACUCCCCCGCAUCGUCUUCAUCUUCAUCAGGAAGCAAUUACCAAGUUGGCGCAACAGUUGCUUACAGUUGUGAUGCAGGAAGUCUCCUGAUAGGACCCGCGACUCGUACAUGCUUAGACACUGGAUUUUACAAUGAAUUCCCACCAGUUUGCAAAAGUAUUGAAUGCGGUUUUCCAGCUAAUAUCAAACACGGAGAGUACACGCUUAUCAACAAUACUAUAUAA